UUAAAACCUUUUCAGUUAGCAAGGAAAUCUAUAGUACAGUUGACUAGAGAGGGAGUUGGGCUUAGAGUUUGGGCUUGAGACAUAGAGGACCAUGGAAGCUCAAGGUCAUGGAGAUAGGGUUUCUCAACGUGAGAAUGUUGGCCAACAGGGUAGGAAUGUAGAGGAUGAAGCAGAGUCUAGGGGUAGUACUGAUCAUGAACUAGAGUCUGAGGCUAGGGCUCAUGUAGUUAAUCAACCAGUACCUCCUGUACCCCCAGUUGUACCUACCCUACAGCUAGAUCCUGCUAUCUUAGCACAAACCAUCAUUGCUACUCUACAAGCUCAAGACAUAAGAAGAAAACCUGGGGAUAUCAUUGAACAUGCUAAAAAGUGUGGAGCAUUUGAUUUUCAUGGCUCUAUUAAUUCCAAAGAAGCAGAUAGAUGCCUUAGAGCUACAAAUAAGUCAUUUAAUACUGUAGAGCUGACAGAUGUGAUCAGAUUGCUAUUAGGAGAUCAGUUGACCUGGGAGAUAUUCAAGACCGAGUUCCGCAGGGAGUAUUUAACUGAAGCAUACAAUGCAGAAAGGCAGAAUUAG